GGGGUGCCCGUCGUUUUCAGACCUUUCUUGUGGGGCCUAUAUUUAAUAUGGGAUCUAUAUAAGAACCCGCAAAAUAUGUGCGCCUUAAAUGUGUUAACUUUCAUACUGGAAGCAUCCUAUAGCAAUUACGCGCAAGUCGGUCUUAAAUUGAAAUUAAAAUAGAGUUGUCUCCCCUACUCCAGGUCAGUAAAGAACCCAUCUCUACAUCAUCUAGACGCUUGCACAUUGUGUCACACCGGUCUUACUGACGUCACCAUUUAUGUAUAGAAUGGACGCUUGCAUAGAACCCGCAAUUUUAUGUAUGCCCCGCAGUUAAAGCGCGUGAAGUGAUAUAGAACACGAAGAUCAGAAAAUGGCGGCAGUUAACGGGUGUUACAUGUGAUAUUGAAAAUUAAUAGAUCUACAGUACUCAGUAAUGAUGUAUUUCAAGGAAAUGAGACCAAGAAGAAAGAAACAGGAGAAUGUGGCAGCAGACUGCAUUGAUUCAGGGGAGGACCUCAAAGAUUUUGUUAUUGAACAUAUACCACCAAAAGGUCUUGGUGUUAGAACAACAAUAAAUAGAACAAAAGGAGAUUUCUUAAUGAUUUAUUCCGGCGAACUGAUAACAGAAAGAGAAGGGGAAGAACGUGAAGAACGUGAACCAUCCGUGUUUAGAUACUUCUUCCAAUAUAAAAGGAAAGGGUGGUGUAUGGAUGCUACUAGUGAAUUAGAUGUUGGGCCUCGGCUAGGUCGUCUGGUGAACCACGGUGGUAAAGGUAGAAAUUGUGUUAUGAAAACCCUGGAGUUCAACAAAAGGCCAUAUCUUUGCUUGUUUGCUGCUAAAGAUAUUCCACAAGGUGAAGAGUUACUGUAUGAUUACGGCAUUAAGGAUUUGCCUUGGGAGAGAAAAGCUGACACAGAAUUGGUGGCCGCUACUGACAAUCUGGAGAACAUGCUGGAGGCCCAGACUACAGACAAUCUGAAGAACAUGAAGGAGGCCCAGACUACAGACAAUCUGGACAACACGCUGGAGGCCCAGACUACAGAUAAUCUGGAGAACAUGCUGGAGGCCCAGACUACAGACAAUCUGGAGAACAUGCAGGAGGCCCAGACUACAGAUAAUCUGGACGAAAUGCUGGAGGCCCAGACUACAGAUAAUCUGGAGAACAUGCAGGAGGCCCAGACUACAGACAAUCUGGAGAACACACUGGAGGCCCAGACUACAGACAAUCUGGAGAACAUGCUGGAGGCAGAGGCUACAGACAAUCUGGAGAACAUGCAGGAGGCCCAGACUACAGAUAAUCUGGACGAAAUGCUGGAGGCCCAGACUACAGAUAAUCUGGAGAACAUGCAGGAGGCCCAGACUACAGACAAUCUGGACAACACACUGGAGGCCCAGACUACAGACAAUCUGGAGAACAUGCUGGAGGCAGAGGCUACAGACAAUCUGGAGAACAUGCAGGAGGCCCAGACUACAGAUAAUCUGGACGAAAUGCUGGAAGCCCAGACUACAGAUAAUCUGGAGAACAUGAAGGAGGCCCAGACUACAGAUAAUCUGGAGAACAUGCUGGAGGGCCAGACUACAGAUAUUCUGGAGAACAUGCUGGAGACCCAGACUACAGAUAAUCUGGAGAACAUGCUGGAGGCCCAGACUACAGACAAUCUGGAGAACAUACAGGAGGCCCAGACUACAGAUAAUCUGGAGAACCCGCUGGAGACCCAGACUACAUAUAAUCUGGAGAACAUGCUGGAGGCCCAGACUACAGACAAUCUGGAGAACAUGCUGGAGGCCCAGACUACAGACAAUCUGGAGUUAAUUCUGGAGGCCCAGACUACAGACAAUCUGGAAAACGUGCGGGAUGCCCAGACUAUAGACAAUCUGGAGAACAUGCUGGAGACCCAGACUACAGACAAUCUGGAGAACAUGCUGGAGAUCCAGACUACAGACAAUCUGGACGAAAUGCUGGAGAUCCAGACUACAGACAAUCUGGACGAAAUGCUGGAGGUCCAGACUAAAGACAAUCUGGAGAACACGCUGGAGGCUCAGACUACAGACAAUCUGGAGAACAUACUGGAGGCCCAGACUACAGACAAUCUGGACGAAAUGCUGGAGGCCCAGACUACAGAUAAUCUGGAGAACAUGCUGGAGGCCCAGACUACAGAUAAUCUGGGCAACAUGCUGGAGGCCCAGACUACAGAUAAUCUGGGCAACAUGCUGAAGACACAGAUUAUGACUGAGGAGCAGGUACACCCCAGCAAGAUACAGGACCAGAUCUCCGGUAAUAAUGCCCUGAUGAAGGAGAUGGCUGUGCGACUUACCAGCCUUAAGUCUAUACAGACAGCUGCAGAGGAGCUGAUCAAACAAGCCACUGAUUUGCAGGAUGGUGAUGCGAAAGAUAUUCCUCAUGGCACCAACAAGUUCUGGGAUGAACUGCAACAGUUGACACAUACGCUGAAGCACAUGUCUGACAGGCUUGGCAAUCAGGAGCCCACGGUGGAGCCCACGGUGGAGCCCAGCCUCAUCCGGGAACAGCAGGAAACACUAGAGAUCUCCAGUGAUGAAGAAGUGAUCAAUGUUGAUAACAAUGAUGAAGAUGAUGAUGAGGUGAUAGUGAGGAAAUCGCAGCUCAAGAAAAAAGGAAAGAAGAAACCUAAACUGUUUGAUUUAGAUGAGGAUGAAGAUCCAAUUCCAAAGGAGAAGAAGAGAAGGAAAUCCAGAAAGAUUGUCCAUGUAGGGGGGUCAGAUGGUUACGCAGAAGAAGAUGUUCUGGAGCCGACACCUAAGAAAACGUUUAUGGACAAGUUCUUGGCAAGCAGGAGCCCUGGAAAAGACACAAAUGCAUCCAAACCAGAGCCUGCCAAGAAGGUUGAGACAGCCAAAAAACUGACUGAAGCGAAACCGACCGUCUCUGUUUCAGCCUUCUUUGGUGAAGCUAGUAUUCAUCGGGUGGAGAGAAAAGUGGUACCAGCUAAGAAGGAAUUAGCAUUACAGAACUCAAAUGUGAACCCUCUGAACCAGCCAGUAGAUCCCACUUGUGAACUAAUGCAGAUAGAAGGCGACCUUUUGCUGGGGCAGCCCAAUGCCACCAACCCCCAUGACAGACAGAGCAGGACGAACUAUGGACUCGGAAGACAAGUUGCUGUUGUUGAUCCUUCGAGGCAAUUUUCUGAAAAUGAAUUGGGAUGUGAUUACGAUGGACUACCAUCAGAUGAUGAGAGUAUUGUACUUUCAUCUGGUUCAAGCUAUGCACCAUCGGUACUGUCAGGAGAGGAUAAUGAAGAUGACGAUGAAGAUGACGAUUCAUCUGUUAUAAUUCCUGUAACACAAACAAACAAGAGAUCUUGGACUGCAAUAGGGAGAGUGGCUUCUAGUGAAGAUAUAGGAGAUAAUGAGCCACCCAGGAAACAGAGGACUUUACCAGUGUUGGGGCCAUCCACAUCUAGCGCGUUUGAUGCUACAAGCAAGAAUACUAGUGAUGGACAUCAUGGGAAGACGUGGAAGAAAUCUUGCUUUAAAAAUGUUUAUGUUGAAUCCUACAAAUCCAAUGAUGGCAAAAGGAACUAUUCUAAAAAGAGUUAUUGCUACUAUUGCAAGAACUUGUACAAGUCUAAGAUGUCAAAACACCUAUUUGCUGUCCAUGCAGCAGAACCAAGGGUGAGGAAAAUAAGUCAAAUGGAGCUGAAAAGCAAAAGUAAAAGAGCAGAGCUACAGAAAUUAAAGAAUGAGGGUAACUUCAAUCAUAAUGUUGAGGUUCUUCAGAAAGGAGAGGGGAAUUUGAUUGUGUACAGGAGACCAGGCGUCCCAGCAAAUGCAUAUGACUAUAUUCACUGUCGUUUUUGUAAAGGUUUUUACCAUCACAAACUUCUAUGGUCACAUGUCAAAACCUGCAGUUUCAAACCAGAUGGGGCUGAAAAUGACACUGAGAGAAACUUCAUUAGAGAAGCUAGAUGUGAAAUAGCCCCAUUUCUUCAACAACAGGAUGAAGAUAUUGAAAUGUUAGAUGAAGUUAUUGAUAAAAUGAAAGAAACCAAAGAAAAUCCUGGUCUGAAGAAAGUUUGUCAGGAAGAUGAGUUAAUAAGACAGUUUGGGUUGUAUCAUCUGGGAAGAUUGGGACCACUGGAAGAGCAAAGACUGAAAGACCAAGACAAUGUGAGAACAAAAAUGAGAAGCUUAGCCAGACUGCUUGUAAGAUUAAAUGGAGAGGAACUGUUCAGCUAUCCUUUAAGCCAUUUCAUCUGUGCUCAAAAAUUUGAUUUAGUGGCAAAAACUGUGAAAGAAAUGUAUCAAGAAAUUGGUUCAUCACAGCUGGGCUUAAACUUAGGACAUUAUAUAAAACAGGUAAGCCUGCUGAAAUCAAGCAUGUGCCUUCGCAGACAGGACUGUAGGCGGAAAAAAGAGGCAAACGAGUUCACAGAAAUGUUCGAUGCCGAGUGGAAGGGAAAGGUUUCAUCAGUCGCCAACAGAAGCAAGCGUCUAAAAGCAAUGAACAAAAGAUGUGAACUUCCUUCUACUGAAGAUUUAGUGUCCCUCAAAAAAUUUCUUGUGGAAGAAAUACAAAUAAAAAUGGAAAACCCAGCACCAACAUAUCCCGAGUAUGUGUACAUAACACACUUACUGAUCGCCCGCAUAGCACUCUUCAACAAAAGAAGAGUAAAUGAGGUCUCUGAGCUGAAAGUGAGUGACUUCCAGAAGCGAAUAAGAGGAGAUGAAUUAGACACAAACACCGAAAUCUACAAUUCCCUGGCUGUCAGUGAAAAGGCUCUGUUAAAGAGGUAAUGCUCAAUAUUCCUGAUUAUGGCAUUCAAAACUGAUUUCAGAUGUUUUAGUAGUGUAUCAAAUUAUAAGUACCUUUUAAGUUUGUUGGAGUAAGACAAGGUAUUCUGGAUUCAAGGGCUUUGAUUGUGUGCACCCUGAGGCACAAGAGAACUGUAACAAAACCAUUCCCCAAGGACUGAGAAUUUUUCUCACUCUUUGGACAGAUUUGUCCGCCAAAAUUUCAGUCUGAGAUAGAUUUGUCUCAAACUACCUGACUACUACUGACAGACUAAUUUUCAUUCGUAAGAAUUUGUAAAAAAGCUAGUCAUGUUGCAAAUAUGCAUAUCCAAAUAACUGAAAGAGUCAACUACUAUUUUAACGAUACAGCACUUGCAGUAGUAACAAGUUAUGUGUUUAAAUUGUCAAUUGGUCACACUUGUUUGUUUUUAUACUCCCAAAGGAACAUAGUUUGUUAUCGCCUCGGUGUCCGUUUGUCUGUACGUCACAAUUUCAAAUCUGUGUUUUAAUUAUAGAUUAAUUUAAAGGUGAG